AUGAACAACUACUUCAGUGGUGAAAUUCCUCAAGAAAUGGGUCGUCUACGAAGCCUGCAAUAUCUCGGGCUGUUUGAUAAUUCCUUCAGCGGGAAAAUUCCAACUAACAUAUCGCACUGUACCCAACAAAGGGUGCUGGAUCUUCAAAUCAAUGCAAUUACUGGGUCGAUUCUCGACAACCUCAGAUCAUUGAUGAGUUUAAAUAGCCUAGCACUUUCUCACAACAAUCUCACUGGAACCAUCCCAAAUUGGAUUGGAAACUUUUCAUCCUUGGAAGGCAUUGCUCUUGGUCCCAACAAUUUUCAUGGAAGCAUACCCAACGAGCUCGGGCGUCUGACAAGCCUGGGGGAACUCUUUCUUGGGCAUAAUAAUUUGUCUGGUAUUGUCCCUUCUUCAAUCUAUAAUAUUUCUUCCAUAUACAAUUUCAGUGUUGUAGCCAACCAGCUUCAUGGAGAGCUACCACCAAAUUUCGCCAUUAAUCUUCCUAAUCUCGAAUGCUUUUACAGUGGUGCCAACAAAUUCACAGGAAGUGUUCCUGCAUCAUUGUUAAAUUCUUCUAGACUUCGGUUGCUUGAUUUUACUUCUAACGGUCUCACUGGGCUGGGACACUCCCUGUUGAAAAUCUUGGAAGGUUGCCAAGCUUAG